AUGGAAAAGAGUCUGUGGGAGCGGAGUACUUGGAAAUCUGAGCACAAGUGCAGGAUGCAGAGCAUAGCCUUGCUGGGGGUCACCACCCUGGCUCUGGUGCUGGCCUUGGCCGCCCCACCUAAAGAAGAAGGCAAGAAGAAGGAAGAGAAGCCCAGAGCUGACAUUGCCACCGAUGACAACCUGGACCUUGACCUCAGCCUAGACAGCUAUGGAGAGAUCAUUGACCUGAGCCUCUACGAAGAGCUUUAUGACUAUAGUGACCUGGCACCAAAGAUUGAGGUUGGUACAUUGGCUCCUCCAACCAAGCGUCUAGAGGGCGUCGUGAGCACGAGAGCCAUGCUGACCGAAGCACCCAGAAGGCCGCCCCUGACAUCCCCCACGACCAAGCCCUUCGGGCCAGGUCUGCUCGGAUCCAUAACCAAACAGGGUCUGCCCACCUGCCUGGUCUGUGUGUGCCUUGGCACUUCCGUGUACUGCGAUGAUGCCGAGCUGGAACAGAUCCCGCCGCUGCCCCUGGAGACCACGUACCUCUACGCCCGCUUCAACCACAUCAGCCGCAUCCGAGCCAGCGACUUUGCCAGGCUGAAGAAGCUGAAGCGAAUAGACCUGACUAGCAACUUCAUCGCCUGGGUGGACGAGGCCUCCUUCCGGCAGCUGAGCACCCUGCAAGAGCUCAUCCUCGCCGAGAACAGGCUGACGGCGCUGCCCGCAUUGCCCGGCAGCGUCGUGCGGCUCGAUGCCCGGCGCAACAGGAUCCAGAGCUCCGGUGUCCGACCUGAAGCCUUCAGGGAGCUGAAGAAGCUGCAGUUCCUCCACCUGUCUGAUAACAAGCUGGACUGUAUUCCAGUGCCCCUGCCUGAGGGCCUGCGGUCCCUGCACCUGCAGAACAACAACAUCCGAACCAUGCACAAAGACACGUUCUGUGAUAGCCAGGACCACGGUCACAUCCGAUGGGCCUUGGAGGACAUCCGCCUGGACCGCAACCCCAUCAACCUGAGCCUCUUCCCCGACGCCUACUUCUGUUUGCCUCGGCUACCCACUGGCCACUUCUACUGA